ACAUAAACUCAAAUUUGUGUUGCAGAUGCUGCAAUGUGAUGAAUGUACAAGGCAUCAACCAAGCUGGAAGAUCCCGAAGGUGCAACCCACUGUCCUCCUACUCCACCUCUCCUUUUGCUUAAAUAGCAACUGUGUCAGACAGUAACAUAUUGUCAAGAGGGAAGUACGUCAAAAAUGGUCACAAAGGAGGAUGGUUGCAGUUGUGAUGUUUUUGUGCCCAGCGGAGGGCAAAGGAAGCUGAAAGAAACAGAGGAACGGGGAUACUGGGGCACCAAAGCUGAGUUCAUUCUCACUGUGAUGGGUGCCGUCAUUGGACCGGGCAAUGUGUGGAGAUUUCCUUACCUGUGCUACAAAAACGGCGGAGGUGUGUUCUUCAUCCCUUACAUUUUGUUCAUGUUCACUUGCGGGAUCCCCUUGUUUUUUCUCGAGACCGCUAUGGGACAGUACACCAACCAGGGGGGGAUUACGUGUUGGAAAAAGUUUUGCCCACUUUUUCAAGGGAUCGGCUACGCGAGUCACCUUAUCAUUGCGUUCAGCGCCACGUCCUACAUUAUUAUUAUCGCGUGGGCAUUCUUUUAUCUGUUCUCCUCCUUCAGCGCAGACUUGCCUUGGGCCACGUGUGGAAACGACUGGAACACAGACUCAUGCAUAGACUUCAGCAUUGCAAAUCAGAGCCUCGCUGUGACACACAGGCAGAACACCACUCUGCCUGUUGUAGAGUUCUGGGAGCGCAGAGUGCUGAAGAUCUCUGGUGGUAUUGAGGAGGUGGGGAGCUUGAGGUGGGAGCUAGUCUUGUGUCUCAUCCUGGCAUGGGUCAUCUGCUACUUUUGCAUUUGGAAGGGGAUCAAAUCCACUGGGAAGGCGGCCUACUUCACAGCAACUUUCCCCUUCGCUAUGCUGCUGGUUUUGCUCAUACGUGGUGUGACGCUGCCAGGGGCAAUGGACGGAAUUAUUUAUUACAUCUACCCUGACGUAUCCCGCCUAUCAGAUCCACAGGUGUGGUUAGACGCUGGCACGCAGAUCUUCUUUUCUUAUGCCAUUGGCUUUGGGUUCCUGACCUCUCUUGGGAGUUACAAUACUUACAACAACAACUGUUACAAGGAUUGUUUCUACUUAUGUUUGCUGAACAGUGCCACCAGUGUUGUGGCAGGCUUUGCCAUGUUCUCCGUCUUGGGAUUUAUGACCUACGAACAAGGUGUCGAUAUUGCAGAGGUGGCAGAAUCAGGUCCAGGACUGGCCUUCAUCGUUUACCCGCGUGCUGUAGCCAUGAUGCCCAUGCCACAAGUGUGGGCCGUGUGUUUCUUCCUCAUGAUCAUUCUACUCUGCUUGGAUAGUCAGUUUGUCGGUCUGGAGUGUCUGAUGACGUCGCUGGUCGAUCUUUACCCAUCUUACCUACGUCAAGGCUACAGACGUGAGCUGGUCCUGCUGGCCAUCUGCACCGUCUCCUGUCUGCUCGGACUUUCCCUGGUGACCGAGGGAGGGAUGUACCUGCUGCAGCUAGUGGAUUUCUACAUUUGCAGCGGGACGACCUUGCUCCUGCUGUCCAUCUGCCAGUCGGUCAGCAUUGCCUGGGUCUAUGGGGCCGAGCGUUUCUAUGGGAACAUCACAGAUAUGAUUGGUUAUCGUCCGGGUCCACUAAUGAAGCUCUGCUGGUGCUACUUUACUCCCUGUUUAUGUUUUGGCACCUUCAUGUUCUCCGUAGUCAGAUACUCUCCCUUGAAGUUCAGCAGCACUUAUGUUUAUCCACUGUGGGCCAACAUUCUGGGCUGGUUCUUGGCCACCAUCUCCCUCUCCCUCAUCCCUCUCUUUGUGUUCUACAAACUAGUACAUGGAGAGGGCACCCUCCGUCAGCGAUUCCUGUUGCUGUGCCUUCCCGAAGACGACCUGAAAUGUCUUCCCCCGCUAGAAGACAAUGUCGUCACUCCCCUCACCGGGCUUAAACCUUUAUCCCGUGCUGAGGAAGUCACUAAAUGAGCAACUGCGCUCAUUCAAACAAGGGGACUACAAAAAGCAAACACUUGACAUUAAAGAACAGAGUCAAUUCAGUGGAAUCACUUUGCAAGAAAAUACUCCUCAUAAAAAAAUCAACUAUACAAGAGGGAGUCAGAAAAGUAAAUAGACUCACAUAGACUACAGCAAAACAGAAUGGCUUCUGCCUUGGCCAAUUUCCCAACUCUAUACUAAGUUAAAAUUAAAUUGGUUGGGUAGUUACGACCUGCUGGUCACUAAAAAACUGUGUACUGCCUCAGUGGAGUUAAUAACAAAACCAUACUGUAUCUCCUACCAAAACUGCCGGACAGAAUAAAGAGCCCCAAAUUAUUGUCCCUGGCAAAAAAAAAAUUAUUUCAUUUGUUGCAUGCAUAUUUUAGUUGGCAAUAACACAAGUGGUAGAAGUGUUAAGAUUUUCUUUUAUUAUUAUUAUUUUUAACAAUCUGUUUCUUUACAUUAGAAAAAAAAGUUGGGUUCAACAUCAGUCUUACGAUUUCUCAAAACAGGCACAGUUAAUUUGCUAGACAAACUUGAGAAUGCACUAGGACCAGUGAUUCUCCAAAUGUGGUACCAGUACCAGUAGUGGUUUGCAGGAUCCCUCUGGUAGUACAUGAAAGAAUCACUGCCUAAGUACGAUUCAGUUGUUUUUAUCUUUUAAUCCAUUUGUAUUCAGUACUAGGUAUUAUUUGUUUUUAAACAUUUAUUUGAAUACAGUUUGUAGAAAACAUUUACAUGCAUUACAUUUUAAUUGAAUAAUUAUUUUAAAACAGUUCUUGAUUUUUCUUUAGUAUUUAAGCAUGAUGUUGGUAUUCAAUGUACAUAAUGUUGCAGUGGCUUUCAAUAAUAUUAAAUACAGUAUACUUCUUAUGAAUAAAACCUCUCUCUCUUAUUUUAAUGUUGAUCAAUAUUUUUUUUUAGGUCGUACUUGAUGUAAAAAAAUUGGGAACCACUGUAGUAGAUUAUGCUAGAACUGCAGGAUCCUUUAGAAAGCUGCCCAAAAAAAAAUCAAAGAAAUCAAGAUCAGCUUCUUUACCUUACAGUCCUUUGCCACUUAACUGUGUGAACUACAAUAUAUUGAGUCAAACUUUCACUUUAAACAUCAAACCACAAAUACUGUAAGUUGCCACCAGUGUCAGUAUAUACAAGUUAAAUAUAUAUAUAUUAAAAUAUAUAAGUGAAACUAACCCAAUAAUUAUGUAUUAUUAUAUAUUUGCUCAAAAGACCUUGUGCAAAGAAUAAACACAAUUUGGAAAGGGCCACAAUUGCACACUGUCAGUUUCAUAAUCAAACCAUUAAAAAUGGAUUCCGUCGUGAUUGGCAGCGAUUGAAGUAGUGAAGUGAAGCGAUUGCUGGCUGAGUCACAAGAGACGGUGAGGAGAGAAAAUCAAAUCUAAAGAUCUCUUAUGAUUGUCAGGAGUAAUAAAAUCAGGAUGUGAAAUUCAGGACAUUCAAGUCAAGACAUCAUCAUCAAAAUGUCAGAUUCUUUUUCUUUUCUUUUUUGUAUUAAUGUAGGAAGGAAAUAUUGAUAAAAUACAGUAUUUUGUCAAGUGCCUUACAACAAUAUUUUGGGUUAUUCUUUCAUUUGCCUGUGGAUACAAAUAUACUGUAUAUUGUCCUUUAAAAACACUCAUGAGCAGCAGAUUUACUGUUAUUCUGUAAUGCCAUACUUAUUACAGAAAAGUACCAACUGAAUAGAUGUUUACACAUACAUGAUACCAAAUUGACAAUGGCGUAAAAUAAAUACAAUGCGCCUUUCAAAUAUAAGUCCUGUAUAAUUUUUUUUACCUCUGCUGUAUUACUGAUUACUUGGUCUAUAAAACCACAAGGGAUGAUUGUGUUGUGAGAUGGCUUAUUUUUUUUUAUUAUAGAGAAAAGCAUCUGGAAUGGAAAAUGUGCACUUUGACAAUGUAACACUUAAGAUUAGCCACUGUUGAUGAAUUGAUUUUCUGGAGUGUUGUGCUGGGCGCACAAAUGUACUAAAAUACAUUUAUUGUAUUGCCAAAACAUAGACCUAUGCUGUACAUAAACUAAGAAUAAAGAACAAAACAGAAUUUAUAACAACAAAUCUAAAUAAAAAGGGUAUUUACCUAGAAAUUGUUUAUAUGCGUUAUGAUCCGAACCAAUAAAAAUACACCCACAACAUUUUGGGCA